CUCUAUAUAAUCACCCUUCUUCUCCGUCCUUCUCUCUAGACCUCACACCUCUUUUUGCUCUGGUCUCCGUUUUCACAACCACAAAUAUUAAGUAACCGCACCCCUUUUAUUUAUACCACACACCACAACCCACGUCCCCAUUUCCAUCCUCUUUACUAACUCUCUUCUCCAUGGCGCCGAAACACAAGGCGGCCAACCUUACUCAUGCCGGCGGCGCCGGCGCCGAGGUUCAUUUCAGAGGUGUCCGUAAAAGACCAUGGGGUAGAUAUGCUGCCGAGAUCAGAGACCCUGGUCGAAAGAGUCGUGUUUGGCUAGGCACUUUUGAUACAGCCGAAGAAGCCGCUCGUGCUUAUGACAAUGCCGCUCGUGGCUUCCGUGGUUCCAAAGCCAAGACCAACUUUUCCCUCCUCGACCUAACCCUAACCCAAAACACCAUCAUUAGCCAUCUCAACAAAACCAACUCUAAUCAGAGCCCAAGCCAGACCAGCACCAUCGAAUCCUCCAGUCCUCCUCCGCCGCCGCCACCCCCGCUUGAUCUCACGUUAGGUUUCCGUUCCGGAUCUGCCGCAGUUCGUUAUCCCAUCCAGAACCGUCAGUUUUCUUUUCCGACCGGACAUCAUCCUAUGUUUCUCAACACUGUUUUUCCAACCGGAAUACUAAUCCAACCGCCCGCCCAGAAAAACCCAUGUCCGAUUCUCUUCCGACAACCUUCGGCGGCGGAUUUUUCCUCCGCCGCCGCUGGCGGUGUACAGAGCGAUUCGGAUUCAUCAUCUGUUAUUGACCUAAACAACACCGAUGACGAUUCAAAGCCGCCGCCGCCGCCGAGGAAACUGUUCGGAGUUGAUCUGAACCUACCUCCGCCAGCAGAAGCUUUAUAAAAAGGUAUUGAUCCAUCAAUCAAUCAAUUUUCCGUUUCUUUAUUCAAGAUAGGAGAGAGAUCUGGGUAACAACAUCGAUAAAUCCACCGCCGCCGCUGUUGCCGUCGCCGCCGUGCCGUCGAUGUGAAUUAAUACGCUAGUUUGAUCUUUUUUUGUAUGUUUUUUUUACGACUCUGAAGAACUUGAGAUAGAUUGAUGAUUCAUCAGUAGUCGUUUCAUAACCUAAUGAAUGUUUUUUUUUUUUUUUUUUUUUUUUACUGAUUCUACUUUUCCAUGUAAUCAAAGUUAUGUUUUUCGUAAAUGGAACAGAGAACAGUCAGUAUAAUUUUAGAUCUAUG